CAAAUCAGCUGUGGAGCUCCAUAGCAGAAGAACCAAGGAUGGAAGGGUGCUUCUGGAAGGCCUUGCUGGUGGUUGGAGCCCUGGCCAUCGGUGGGACCUCCACCCUCGCACACAAACCCCUGACCUAUGAUGAGGCUGUGAACCUUGCAGUGAGCACCUACAACAACAAAUCUGGGGAAGGCACCCUCUAUCGUCUCCUGGAAGCUGUUCCUCCACCUGAGUGGGAUCCUCUUUCUGAAGGCAACCAAGAGCUGAACUUCACCAUCAAGGAGACGGUGUGUAAGGUGGGAGAGGAACUUUCCCUGGAGGAAUGCAGCUUUCAAGAAGACGGGGCGGUCAUGGAAUGCACGGCCUACUUCUUCUUUGGAGAGAAGCCCCCACUGCUGGUCCUCACCUGUGAAGCUGUGAGUGAAGAGGAGCAGCAGGAGGAGGAGGAGGAGGGAAACGAAGAGGAGAAGGAGGCGGGGAAGGAGGAAGACGAGAAG